AUGGUUCGCCUUGAGUCGGUCGAUGGACACGAGGAACGAUUGUUCAGUUGUAUCAAAGCAUGCAUCCUCUCUUUAACCGCGUUGCGUCAUAUUCCUGUGUACGUGUGGCGUUUUCCGUCGGAUGACCAGAACAAUCCGGAUUGUAGACGAGACCUGCUACGUGUGGGGCAAAGUGGCGUCUUAUCGGAACUGAAAAUGGCUAACCCUCGAGUUUUCUUCGAUAUAGCCAUUGGCGGAAGGCCAGCUGGUCGCGUCGAAUUUGAGCUGUUCAAGUCUAUUGUUCCCCGGACAGUAGAGAACUUCAGGGCUCUGUGCACCGGUGAAAAGGGCGUGGGUGUUUCGGGUAAGCCGUUGUGCUACAAGAACUCUACUUUCCACCGGAUCAUUCCUUCCUUCAUGUGCCAAGGAGGAGACUUCACAAGAUUCAAUGGAACUGGAGGAGAAAGCAUCUACGGCCGGACUUUCGCUGAUGAGAACUUCAAGCUGAAGCACACGGAGCCUUUCUUGCUGUCUAUGGCGAACGCCGGCCCGAACACAAACGGAUCCCAAUUUUUCAUUACGACAGUCCCAUGCCCGUGGCUCGACGGGAAGCAUACCGUUUUUGGCAAGGUCACUAGCGGGCAAAAUGUGAUUAAGAUGAUGGAGAGUCAAGGAACACAGUCCGGCAGCGUGAAGCAGACUGUGGUCAUCACAGACUGCGGAGAGACCAAAUAGGUAUUGGGAAAGCGAGCAACUGCAGCAAAGAAAGUGCCUUCUCUCGUGAACUGCACAGAGGAAUUGUAGGUGUGAGAAGGUGAAUACUCUAAUGUUAUGAGUGGUCCCUUAAACCACUGGUUACGCCGUCGUGAGCAAGUCUACCUCAUUAAAAAUUUGUUUUCUGUGGGUCCUGCUGCUGGGGAGAGGGAGUGUGGCAUGCAAGCGGCUGAUGCGAUGGCAUUAACGUGCUUACAUAAAGAACAUUGGCUUAACUUCUGUCUGAAGACCUAUUUGUUGUACCAGCAAAUACCAGGACGAGCGCCUUGCGGCGCGCCGACAGGUGCAAUUUCCCUUAAGUUUUUUUUUGCGAGGGAAGAUUUGCUCUAUAACGUUCGACGU